AUGCGUCGUAUAACAAGAAUAGAGAGGUCGGUCGACCUUCUGCGACCGAGGACAAUUGCGAGCCGAUCAUCCCCGUACCUCUGUUCGGCGUGCAACCAUCAAGCCUCCUCUUUUUCGACUUCUGCUUCUCGAUCCGCGGACAAGAAACUUCCAUUCACAGAGAGGAUUCGACAGAAAAUAUGGGGGACAGAUCAACCUCCGGGAUUGGAAGAUCCAUAUGGUGAUGCCAGUGUCUUCGAUCAAACUAAGAAACGAGCUGCUGUGGAGAAGAAGGAGAGCGCGGAAUCUGCUGCAGAACCCGCACUGCCAGAUGACUAUGAGCCGGCCUCUACUUGGGAUGGAUUGCUGAGAGUUGGAGGCUACGGACACUGGUGGAGUGAGAAUUGGGACCCCGACCAUCAAUUUACUGGGUUUCUGCCUCGGAAGAGAACUACGGAUAGUGAGGUAGUCGUUGCUGCAUUGCAUCGAGCCAUGGUUGAAGUGUUCGCACUCCAGCAGGCCCAAAAGCCCCUCUCCGGAGUUUCAAAGAACAUAUCUGAGUGGGAUCCCACCGAUUACGUCCAGAUUGUACCUUCAGGCAAUGGCGCUACGUUGCAAUUUUCUUCCCAGGCUUCGAUUGACGAUAUUCUUCAGUCAUUGGACCCUGUUGACGAGACCGCCGUGAAGAAAGCUCCUACGGAAUCGGAGGCAGAUGUCGCGGCCGAUAGAUCAACAGUGGAUCCCCUAAAUCCUGAUAUGGAACCCGAGGUCGAGGACGAGACAUCUGUGAAGAAAGCCCCUACAGAAUCGGAGGCAGACGUUGCCGCCGAUAGAUCAAGGGUAGAUCCCUUACCUCGUGGUUCCCAAAAGCCUAGCAACAGUGAGACCGCGGAGAAGGAAAAGUCUACAGCAUCCGAGAAAGAUGUUGAUGCGGAUAAAACUGGAGAUGAUCCAUUGUCACCGUUUUUUCAAGCUAAGACCUACGCAGAAGUAAUUGCUACCUGGGAUCCUGCUUGGCUUGGAGUCUCCUUGGAAAAUCCCGAAGUCAAAUUCGCUGUUCUCAAGCGCACCAUGCAAUUGACUGGUAUCAGAAUUCCAGACCCCGUUAUCAAAUCAGCAAACACUGCACAAGCUCUCCUUCGACAUCUCAUUGCCCCUCCCAAACCACGAAAGCUCGCCCAAGCUCUUGUGCAGGAACAGGGCUUGAAUCGUUUUCCCAACGUCAAGAUUUAUGGCAAAAGAAGGACACCUGUUGACAAGGAGCGAAGUGUUGGCAGAUGGAAGGUAAUUGAGAAAGAACUGAAGGAACGGGGACUUCCAGUUUUUGGCCGGGAGGAGCUUGCAGUAAGGGGGAUGCCAUUGUUUGGCCGUAACCGUUAG